AUGAGUGAGAAAAAUCCACACAGAAGACCGACAAACAAUAAGUCAAUUCUUAAGAAAUCGGCAGCAAAUGACAAGCCUAAUAGCCCACCGACUAUAACUAUAGUUGAUUCUCGGCCAAAUAAUAAACUCAAAAAAGUGAGCUUUCCUGACCGUGCAAAGAAUUUGCCUCUGCAUACAAUAAUUGAAGUUGAGCCCAUUAUAUACCCUGAAAUAGCUAAGAAGACAGGAUGCCACUGUACUGUAUUUUAA